GGAAAACCAUCAUCUCUCUCUCUCUCCUCAGACAACAAACAAAACAAAAAUCAUGAACAGGGUUUUUGUUUAAUUUUACAUUUCAUCAAAGCACAGUUGAAAUUCCUAAAAUUCAACCAUCAAUUUAGAAGAAGAGCUUUCUGGUUCCCCACCUUUCCUGCCUCUUGCCAGACCUGACGUAGUACUUCCCUUUCUCUCUCUCUCUCUCUCUCUCUCUCUCUCUCUCUCUCUCUCUCUUUACUUAUUACAGUCUUCAUUGAUCUGAUCUUAUCUGCAUCCAUUUUCCAAUCUCUGCCUCUCCACGUUUGGCAAAAACUAGAUUACCCCUUUUAACUUGUCUUUUCUUCCAAUCUUCAUCAGUCUACUGUACAACAACAAUAAGAAGAAAGAGAAAACACCUUUAAGAACUAAUCAAGCCAGUGAAACAUCAAAAACUCGGUAUGAAGCUAAUACCAGACAUAAACAACAAUUUAGAUUCAGAAGAUGAAUCCGAAGUCAUCAGCACCCAAAUUGCAGCUUCCUCAAAACAAAGCACUUCAAGUUCUUGCAUUAUUUCCAAUCAUAAUUUCCCUCUUACCCUUGAUCUAACACUUCAAUUCGAUGGCCCAAAGAAACUCGAAGAAUCAGCUCCUCGUCCUGCGAUCACAAGGGUAUUUUCGUGUAACUAUUGUAGGCGAAAGUUUUAUAGUUCACAAGCUCUCGGGGGACACCAAAACGCUCAUAAGAGAGAAAGGACAAUUGCGAAAAGGGCGAUGAGAAUGGGAAUGUGGUCGGAUCGGUAUGCCAGCCUAGCGUCUCUUCCGCUACAUGGGUCCGCUUUCCGAUCACUUGGGAUCGAGGCACAUGCCUCGAACCACCAUGAAAGGGCGGUGCAAGUUAAUUCGAGUGCUAGAGGUGGGGCUAAGUUCGAACAAAGCUAUCCCGGUUUGCCUAUAUUCAUGGAAGAUCAUGAUGAGACCGGUUUGUUUUGGCCUGGAAGUUUUCAUCGGACGAGACAUGUGGGAUUCGUUGGAGAUGUGGGGAAUCAAACGGUGCAACCUUCGACAGAUUCUUCGAUACCAGACCUUACUUUAAAACUUUGAGGCUUUAGAUUUGGACAUCUGACUAAACUGUAUGGUAGGUAAUGUUCUUUCAAAAUUUGAAUAGUAUGUUCUUAAAACUAUGAGCUUUAAUUAACUACUCCUUUCUUCUUCUCUUUUGGUGUCCUAUGAUUUGAAUUUUGAACAUUAUGCUGCUUAAAUUUGCUAAUGAUUGUAUGUAUAGUGAGGAAACAAUUACUUUAUUUAAAUAAGCAAAUGUUAUAUGACAUUUUUAUUCUUAUCUUUA